AUGAUUUUACUUGCAAAUGCAGAGAUUCAACAUGAAAGAGAAAAGCUUCUAGCAAUUAAAGGCAAGGAAAAAUUAGCUCCGUCUGAUGAAACCUUUUUGGAAAAACUUUGUAAACGUUACAAAAUGGAUUCACCAGACUUUAAAGAACUAGAACUACGGGUUGAUGAAAUUCCAACUUCAUUAGCCCUUGCCCAAGCCAUUGUAGAAACUGGUUGGGGGAGCUCUUUUGCUGCGCGUCAUAAAAACGCUCUUUUUGGAAUUACUUUAAAAAGUGGUGUAAAAGCUUAUAAAGAUACCUACGCAAGUGUGAUUGAUUACAUGCGCAACCUCAACACACAUUAUGCCUACAAAUCCAUGCGUUCGCUAUGCCAAUCUAUGCGUCAAAAAGGUCAAGAUCUUGAUGGGAAGCAACUGAUCAAAAAAAUGCCUCUUUAUUUUUAG